CCAACGUCGAUAGUCGACGGUUCAUCUCGAAGUUCUGUCAUCCGUCUCAAUUUCAGUUGAGAUUCUGAUCAAUGGCAGCUUAAGGCUGUUCCUAGCCUGUCUACGAUCCUUACAGCCACUUACAGCAAUCGCUACCGUUACCCAUGGCGGCUUUCGAUCGGAAUGGGAUCAAUACGCUAUUCGUCUCCGGCUUGCCGGAGGAUGUUAAAGCUCGCGAGAUUCACAAUCUCUUCCGCCGCCGCCCAGGCUUCGACUUUUGCCAGCUCAAGUACACCGGCCGCGGCAAUCAGGUAGUUGCAUUUGCUACCUUCUUCGACCAUCAGGCAACAAUGGCUGCAAUGCACUCUCUGAAUGGAGUGAAAUUUGACCCACAAACGGGAUCCACAUUGCAUAUUGAACUGGCUAGAUCAAACUCGAGAAGAAAACAUAAACGAGGCAAUGGAGUGUAUGUUGUUAUUGAUGAACGAACAAAACAAGGGAACGCCCAGGAAAAUUCUAGUGAUGAUGGUGACAGUAGUGAUUCGGAUGUAGCUCGAGAACGUGGAAAUGUGGAUUAUGUUGAGGAGGUAGCCGGUGAUCCUGAGAGUACUGCAAAUGUAAGUGACAUUAACUACUUCCAUCCUAAGCUAUACAGGUUGUUUCACCAAGAUUUCGAGUGGAUGUAUUUGCCUCAAGAGGAUCAACCAGAGAAGAGAACCCGAGAUGGUGAUACUCCUUGUUCCACUGUUUUCAUAGCAAAUCUAGGUCCCAACUGCACCGAAGAAGAACUGAAGCAGGCUCUCGUGCAAUGCGAAAGUUUCUUAAAUCAAGGUGGGAUGCCAGUUGCUUUUGCUGAUUUUGAGGUAACUAUGCGAAGAGCAUCACUGAUACGAAAGUUUUCUCAGACGCUUACAUCUGUGGUUAAUUACACCGUCUCCUCUUCCGUAUGUGCCCCGGAAAUCGAACAAGCUACUAAUGUUAUGGAAGACCUUCAAGGAGCCACGUUACCAUCUUCAGACCGGGGUGCAUGCACAUAGAGUAUGUCUUCCCUGACUUCUUCAAAAGUCUUUUAUCUUUCUUGCUGUUUGUGCAUUGCUUCACUAGCAGAGAUUUAGGGACGAAUGCAAAGUUGUAAGCAUUGUUCAGGUAUGCCCGAUCGAAAAUGAGGAAUCAUUAGCAGAUGAACUAAAGAAAGGAUCGAGGACAACAUCCCAAUGGUCGUCAUGUUUUGAUUGUAUGUAUACUUUUGAGUGCUCAAUGUUUCAUCUGUAGCAGCAAACAAGUGCUGAAUGUUAAUGCGAAGACACAUGAGUAACGACUAACGAGUUAGAUGCAUUUUCUUUGGCUAUUUAGCUGGGAGCGCAUCUAUGAGAUGAAGGUUUUGCCUUUCAAAGCUUACAUAGUUACUUCUCUGGGGUGCCAGUGAUGAACAAAACAAACAAUGCAGCCCCGUUUUAGUAAAAAUCAGUUGACUCUCGGUUCCCUCCUCGGCUCCAGGGAAUAUUUGAGUUAACAAAGAAUAGAGGUCCUAUCCGGUUGAAAAUCAUAUCGAGAUUUAAUAUAGGGCUAAACUCAAGGGGAGAGGUAAUUAAGGAUUAGAAUGUGGCCCAAAAGUACAUAGAAAUUAUUCGGUCUGGUCAGGUUCAUAGCCUCGUGUCCCGGGAUGCGGGGCUUGGGCAGCGGCGUACAUUUUUAUUAGACUUAAUUUUGCUAUAGCUAAAGGAAUGGAGACCCAUACUCCUCUUAUUUCCAUACGGUUACGCGGGCCAGGCGAAAAAGGAACUAUAUGGCUGGUCUCAGGAAUGAGGAGGGUGAAUGGAUCACAGAGGAAAAGGGGAAGGCGGACAUCGCCAUUGACUUUUACCAAACUCUCUUCACAAAAGAAAAUCAGGUGUUAAAUAUGGAGGCUCGGGUCCAGAACCACCCCUGCAACGAAAUGUGACUGCCGCAAUGAAUGCGGAUUUAAAUGACAGAGGUUCUCCCGGAAGAAGUCCGGUGUACUGUUUUCGCCAUGGGUUCAAAACAAGCGCCUGGUUCGGAUGGAUUUAUAGGAAAAAAUUUCAAAGCUUUCUGGGACAUUGUCGGUGAGUCGGUGGUUGAGGCUGUCUGCUCGUUCUUUCGAACGAACCAGAUCUUACGAAGUUUCAACCAUACCUGGCUUACUCUAAUCCCAAAAGUUGAUAAUGUGGAGUCAGUUCGCCAAUUGCGUCCGAUAAGCUUAUGCCAGUUUAGUAUAAGAUUAUCGCGAAAAUCAUGACUGAAAGGCUUACCCCUAUUCUCCUGCUGGUCAUCUUUGAAGGGCAAAAUGCGUUCAUCAGGGAAAGACAUAUAGUGGAGAAUGUUCUUCUUGGGCAUGAGCUAAUGCAUUAUCUGAAAAUUAAGAACCGUGGGAAAAAAAGGCUAUAUGGCUCUAAAGGUUGACAUGGAAAAGGCCUAUGAUAGAGUCGAAUGGGCUUUCCUCUUUGCGGUUCUAGCUAAACUUGGUUUCUGUUCGACCUGGAUUAGUUGGAUUCGGGAAUGUCUCCAAUCAUCAUCUUUUGCGAUUUUGAUGAAUGGGACUCCUCAUGGUUUCUUUCGGUCUACCCGCGGCCUCCGGCAAGGUGAACCCCUUUCCCCCAUCUUGUUCGUGUUAUGCACAGAAGGGUUUGCGACUCUCCUCCGGAAAGCAAUUUCAGAGGGUAAAUUGGAAGGAGUUAAAGUUGCCCCCCCCCCCCCCCCCGAGCUCCCAGAAUCUCUCAUUUAUUCUUUGCGGAUGAUUCAUAUCUGUUUCUCCGCUGCUAGCUACAACAAUGUGAGUUUCUACUCGAAUUCCUGAACGAAUAUGAGGAACUAAGUGGGCAACGAGUAAAUCUAGCUAAGUCAG